AGGAUCAUUACUUUCAAUCACUUUGGCGGAAAUGGGCUUCCAUACUGCCCUCAUUCAGUUUCCCCCGGUUUAUCUAGCGUUACAGCAACGUUAACUCCCGGGCGAGAUACUGCCUCCUUUUGGCUUCACACAGGGAAUAUGGCUGUUUUGAAGAUACAAGACCAGCCGUCUCUGUUAAGAGCCAUCUUCAACGUGGACCCAGAUGAAGUUCGCUCUCUCAUAUUCAAAAAAGAGGAUGUCAACAUUCAGGACAACGAGAAGAGGACGCCUCUGCAUGCUGCAGCCUACUUGGGAGACGCUGAGAUCAUUGAACUGCUCAUUCUCUCAGGAGCCAGAGUUAAUGCCAAAGACAACAAGUGGUUGACUCCUCUUCAUCGAGCUGUCGCCUCUUGUAGUGAGGACGCAGUGGCAGUGUUGCUGAAGCACAGUGCAGAUGUUAACGCCCGUGACAAGAACUGGCAGACGCCGCUCCAUGUUGCAGCUAGCAACAAGGCAGUACGCUGUGCUGAGGCUUUGGUCCCGCUGCUUAGCAACAUCAACGUGUCUGACCGGGCCGGACGCACUGCCUUGCACCACGCCGCCUUCAGUGGACAUGUAGAAAUGGUGAAGUUGCUGCUGUCCAGAGGAGCCAACAUUAAUGCAUUUGACAAGAAGGACAGGAGAGCCAUCCACUGGGCAGCCUAUAUGGGUCACCUGGAGGUGGUAAAGUUAUUGGUGGCCAGUGGAGCAGAGGUUGACUGUAAGGACAAAAAAGCAUAUACUCCGCUCCAUGCAGCCGCCUCUAGUGGCAUGAGCAGCACAGUGCACUAUCUGCUGACGCUGGGGGUCCACGUCAACGAGGUGAACAGCUAUGGCAACACUCCUCUCCAUUUGGCCUGUUACAAUGGACAGGAUGUGGUGGUCAGUGAGCUCAUUGAGGCAGGAGCCAAUGUCAACCAGGUGAACGAGAGGGGGUUUUCGGCUCUUCACUUUGCCUCGUCCUCACGACAGGGGGCACUGUGCCAGGAACUGCUGUUGUCCCAUGGAGCACACAUCGACAUGCCAAGUAAGGAUGGUAAGACUCCCCUCCACAUGGCAGCAACACAUGGAAGGUUCUCCUGCUCUCAGGCCCUCAUUCAAAAUGGAGCUGAGAUUGAUUGUGAGGACAGGAGCCAAAACACUGCCCUUCACAUCUCUGCCCGCUAUGGCCAUGAACUCAUCAUCACAGCACUCGUCAAACACAGAGCCAACACUGCCAAGAGAGGUAUUCAUGGGAUGUUCCCUCUACACCUAGCAGCUCUCAGCGGCUUCUCCGAUUGCUGCAGGAAGCUGCUGUCGGGGUUUGACAUAGACACCCCUGAUGACUUUGGAAGGACCUGUCUACAUGCUGCUGCAGCUGGAGGGAACCUGGAAUGUCUGAAUCUGCUGUUAAACAUAGGAGCGGACUUUAACAGGAAAGACAACUUUGGAAGGACUCCACUACACUAUGCAUCAGCUAACUGUAACUACCAGUGUGUGUUUGCCUUGGUGGGCUCUGGGGCAAGCAUCAAUGAGCUGGACCAGAGAGGCUGCAGUCCCCUGCACUACGCUGCUGCAGCCGACACUGAUGGAAAGUGUGUGGAGUACCUGUUGAGGAACGAUGCUGAUCCGGGAGUUAGAGACGCCCAGGGUUAUAGUGCAGUGCACUAUGCCUCAUCUUACGGACGCACACUCUGCCUGGAACUGUUAAUGGAGACAUCAGUAACAGGCCUCCUGGGUGACUCAGAGAGCCAAGCCCCCAUCAGUCCACUCCACCUGGCAGCCUACCAUGGACACUGUGGAGCUUUAGAGGUUCUCUUAUCGUCCAUGCUGGAAGUGGAUGUUUGCAGCCCAGAGGGCCGGACGCCCCUCAGCCUAGCCUGCUCCAAGGGUCACCAAGAGUGUGUCUCCAUGCUGUUGCACCAUGGAUCCUCACCAAUGACCUGUGACUACACGCACAAGAAGACAGCCAUACAUGCUGCAGCUAUGAAUGGCCACCCAGAGUGCCUGCGCCUGCUCAUAAGCAACAACGACCAACACAUUAAUGUGGACGUGCAAGACAUCAACGGACAGACUCCUCUGAUGUUGGCAGUGCUAAAUGGACACACAGAGUGUGUGUACUCUCUACUCAGUCAAGGGGCCAGCGUAGAGUAUCAGGACCGCUGGGGGAGGACGGCACUACACCGAGCGGCAGUGACUGGCCAGGAGGAGAGUAUAGAGGCCCUCCUCCAGCGGGGGGCCAGUGUGUGUGUCAAAGACAUCACUGGCCGCUCCCCUCUUCACCUGGCAUCUGCUUGCGGCCGUGUGGGUGUCCUGGGUGCCCUGCUGCAGGCCACGACCACCUCCUCACUCACCCACACACACCUCACUGACAACCAGGGCUACACACCACUGCACUGGGCCUGCUACAACGGAUAUGAUGCUUGUGUGGAGUUGUUGUUAGAACAGGAGGUGUUCAGGAAGAUUAAGGGCAACCCUUUCAGUCCGCUGCACUGUGCUGUUAUGAGCAAUAACGAGGGAGUGGCUGAGAUGUUGAUUGAGACCCUGGGAACGGAUAUCGUCAACACCACUGACUCCAAGGGCAGGACCCCCCUACACGCUGCAGCGUUUUCCGACCAUGUGGAGUGUGUUUCCCUUCUGCUUAGCCACGGAGCUCAGGCAAACGUAGUCGACACACACACACGCAGGACGCCACUGAUGAUGGCCGCUAUAAGCGGACAAACCAAUACCGUGGAGAUGCUGGUGAGCAGUGCUAAAGCAGACUUCACGCUACAGGAUACAAACAGAAACACAGCAUUACAUCUGGCUUGCAGCAAGGGUCAUGAGACGGGUGCCUUGUUGAUUCUGGAGAAGCUCAGCAACAAGAACCUCAUCAACUGCACCAAUACUUCUCUCCAGACGCCCUUGCAUGUAGCAGCCAGGAAGGGAUUGACAGUGGUGGUCCAGGAGCUGCUGGGGAAGGGAGCCAGUGUGUUGGCAGUGGACGAGAACGGUUACACUCCAGCUCUGGCCUGCGCUCCCAACCGCGAUGUGGCCGACUGUCUGGCACUCAUCCUCAACUCCAUGAUGCCCACCUCCCCUAUGGUCACCAUAGCAGCGUUGCCUGCACAUUCUCUUACUCAGACAGUGAUCAACCACCACCCGACUAACAACCAUGUCUCCAAAGGUGUGGCCUUUGACACCCCUCCCCCUCUGAGGCCUGACCACGCCUCCUACUGCAGGCCAGAGCGCCCACUGUCCUCCGUCACUGGGGACGAUGAACUGAAUGACUCAGAUUCAGAGACAUACUGAGAACAUACCUGCUAUUGAACAGAGCCCUGCAAUACUGGCAGGCUAGCCCGCCACUCAGGAGCCUUAAUGGGUCACUGAAAAGGAACUAAAAGAGGGAGGA